UGAUCUCAUUGAAGUUCAGUUUGUCCGCGUCGGCGGGAAAGACUCAGGAGUAUAAAAGGCGGGAUGGACGUCCGCCUCCUCUCUUUCCAUAACCCGCCAUGUCGUCUAUCGGGCAAUCAGUCGAAAAAGUUUUCACUACUAUGACCUCUAAGAAUUCCAAAGUCGUGGACUUGCAGCGAGACAUACUGGAACCGCGAACCAGUCAGCCUCUGACAACGGAUCAUGGUGUCAAGGUGGCUGACACGGACAAUUGGCUCAAGAUCAUCGGCUCCGACUCCGAGUCAAAGUCCGAGUCAAAGAAGAACGGCCCUUCGCUCCUUGAGGAUCAAAUUGGGCGAGAGAAGAUACACCGCUUUGACCACGAGCGGAUCCCAGAGCGUGUAGUGCAUGCCCGCGGUACCGGUGCUCAUGGCCAUUUCAAAGUAUUUGACGAUCGCGCUUCGAAAUACACAUUCGCCCCUGUCCUGACGGAUUCCUCGAGGACGACUCCUGUCUUCGUCCGUUUCAGCACUGUUCAGGGUUCGCGUGGCAGCGCUGACACCGUCCGCGAUGUCAGAGGGUUUGCGGUCAAGUUCUAUACUGAAGAAGGCAACUGGGACAUCGUCGGAAAUGACAUUCCCGUUUUCUUCAUUCAGGAUGCCAUUAAAUUCCCUGACUUCGUUCACGCUGUGAAGCCAGAGCCUCACAACGAAGUGCCUCAAGGCCAGAGUGCCCAUAACAACUUUUGGGAUUUUGUGGGACUGCAACCUGAGUCUGCACAUAUGGUGAUGUGGGUCAUGUCUGAUCGCGGCGUUCCACGGUCCUUCCGCAUGAUGCAAGGAUUCGGGGUGAACACCUUCACGCUAGUGCCUGCAGAAGGUGAACGCUACUUUGUCAAGUUUCACUUCAUCCCGGAGUUGGGGGUCCACAGCCUUCUUUGGGAUGAAGCCCUCAAGAUCAACGGCCAAGAUCCCGAUUUUCACCGUAAGGACUUGAGCGAGGCCAUCGAAAGCGGUGCAUACCCAAAGUGGAAGUUCGCCAUUCAGACAAUCCUUGAGUCCGACCAGCACACAUUCGAUUUUGACAUCUUGGACGCCACCAAGAUCUGGCCGCAGGAAUUGGUACCUCUUCAGGAGAUUGGCGAAUUAGUUCUCGACCGUGUUGUCGACGAAUUCUUCCCAGAAACCGAGCAGGUCGCAUUUUGCACCAGCCACGUCGUUCCAGGAAUAGGAUUUAGCGACGAUCCUCUUCUGCAAGGUCGAAACUUCUCGUACUUUGAUACCCAGAUCUCUCGUUUGGGUGUCAACUGGGAGGAGCUUCCAAUUAAUAGACCUGUAUGUCCUGUAUUCAACCACAAUCGUGACGGGAAGAGCAGGCAUCGUAUCGUUAAGAGCGAAGUCAACUAUUGGCCCAACCGCAAGGAUAUUGGACGCCCAGUUCCUGAGGAGAAAGGUGGAUACGUCGAAUAUGCAGAGCGUCUUGAGGGUAUCAAACAGAGGGCGCGCGGGCCGAAGUUUCAGGAACACUUUAAUCAUGCUCAACUUUUCUAUAAUUCGCUCGCCGCGUAUGAAAAGGCCCACCUCGUCAGCGCUAUCGGCUUCGAACUUAGUCAUUGCGAGGACCCGGACGUUUACAGGUCCUAUAUCAACGUUCUGAACAACAUUGAUUUCGACCUGGCAAAGGCAGUCGCCGUUCAGGUCAAUGGCGAUGUGCCGAACAAGCCUGGUCGUGUUAAUAAUGGGCAAAAGAGCGAGGGUCUUUCGCAGCUUGACUUCUUGCCCAAGGAGCCUACCAUCGUCUCAAGGCGCAUUGCCAUCCUGAUCUCGGACGGUUUCAACGCUGUUGAGAUGCAAGCUGUGAGGGCUGCUCUCACGAGUGCAAAGGCUGUUUGCUAUCUUAUUGGUCCUCGUCGUAACCACAUUCGUCCAAUGGCCGGUCAGGACCUCGGUCCAGAAGUAUUCGCCGAUCACCACUUUGACAGCCAGCGUUCAACACUGUUUGAUGCCAUCUAUAUCCCUUCCGGCGAAGAGCAUGUGAAAAGCCUUGCAAAGAAUGGUCGCGUGGUUCACUGGGUAAGGGAGGCAUUUGGUCACUGCAAGGCUAUCGCUGCCGUUGGUGAAGGUGUUGAUUUCCUCCGCGAGGUUGUUAGACUGCCUGCCAGUGUUGAUUUAUUCACCCCUUCGCGCGUCCAAGGCACCGAUGAAGUUGUCACAUCUUACGGCGUCGUGACUACAGGGAAGUACAGCGCCUCCUCUGCUGUCACAGAUGUGCUCAAUAUCGCUGCGGACACGAGAGGUUUCGCUUCCAACUUCGCGUUCCAAAUUAGCCAGCACAGGUGUUAUGAGCGAGAAUUGGAGGGGCUGACUCAGCAGGUUGCGUUCUAGUCUUAUCGCAUACGUAAUGACAGCUGUCAAUGCAACGUGUAUUAUCUCCGCAGGAAUCUCGUGCCGCUCUCAAGGA